CUUUUUGUUAUUUUUACAGGGUUUUUUUUUUUUGUUUCCUUUCUUUGAACCGACACAAACAAAACAGCUUCGGCUGCACUUUCAAUUAAACGGCGUAACAAUACGGACAGAUCAUUGCGCUGUUCUCUAAAGGCCGCGGAUUGUUUCCCCAUCGCCAUUUUGAGCCGCCAGACGGCUCGGUGUAAUAAUGGACAACGACUACUCGUCCGGGUUGGAAAACCCUCUGUACAGCGAGCUGAAAUACUUCUGUAGGAAGAUACAGGAGGCCUACAACGAGCUGAAGGAGGACCUGACACCUUAUCGAGAUGAUCGCUUUUACAGAUUGGCCCCCAUGCGGCUCUACACCCUGUCUAAAAGACAUUUUGUCUUGGUCUUCGUGUUGUUCCUGAUCUGCUUUGCCCUCACAGUCUUCAUUGGGAUUGCAGGUCCUAGGAUUAUUUCUGAGCAGGAGCACAAUGGUGAUCAGUUACUUCUGAAAAACAACUCCGUUAAGACUGGGCCCUUCAAUCUAGUUUCUCCACCCCUCACCACCUACAACCAGCAGCUAUGGCUCACCUGUGUGAUUCAGGCAGAACAUAGCAAUAUGGGAGACUUCCAGCAGCCUUUCGAGAUCAAUGUCGAGCUAAAGGGAGUGAUGCAGGACGCCAGUGUGAUGCACAUCAACAACGUGCACCAGAAAUCAAGAACGCUACACUGCGGGGCUAAAUGUGAUGAAAUCAUUGUGCUCCAUCUGGGCUAUCUGAACUACACCCAGUACCAGGUCGUGGUCAGCUUCAAAGGCCUUGAAAAUAUCACAUAUGAAAUCAAGGUCAAGUUUGUGUGGAAAAUGUACAACCCAACCUUCUCGCAAGUGGAAAUCUGGUUCCGGUUUGUCUUUGUGGUGUUGACCUUUAUGGUGACGUGUAUGUUUGCACAUUCACUGAGGAAGUUUUCUAUGAGGGACUGGGGAAUAGAACAGCGGUGGAUGUCGAUCCUGCUCCCUUUGCUGCUACUGUACAAUGAUCCAUUUUUCCCGUUGUCAUUCCUGGUGAACAGCUGGUUUCCAGGGACGCUGGACGCUUUCUUUCAGGCUCUGUUCUUGUGUGCCCUGUUGCUCUUCUGGCUCUGUGCUUAUCAUGGCAUCAGGGUUCAGGGUGAGAGGAAAUGUCUGACGUUCUACCUGCCUAAGCUGAUCAUUGUAGGUCUUCUGUGGCUCUCAGCCGUUACACUGGGCAUAUGGCAAACGGUUAAUGAACUCCAAGACCCUACCUAUCAGUAUAAAGUGGACAUAGGGAACUUUCAGGGCAUGAAGGUCUUCUUCCUGAUUGUAGUUGCCCUCUACAUCCUCUACCUGAUCUUCCUGGUCGUCAGAGCUUGUUCUGAACUCAAGAACAUGCCUUACUCAGAUCUCCGGCUUAGGUUUUUGACAGCGCUGACGUUUGUGGUCCUUGUUAUAAGCAUGGUCAUUCUUUACCUGAGGUUUGGUGCCAAGGCUCUCCAAGACAACUUUGUUGCUGAACUGUCUACUCAUUACCAAAACUCAGCUGAAUUUUUAUCAUUCUAUGGCCUACUCAACUUUUACUUGUACACAUUAGCAUUUGUGUAUUCCCCUUCCAAAAAUGCACAUUAUGACUCCCAGUUGAAGGACAACCCUGCUUUCUCCAUGCUAAAUGACUCAGAUGAUGAAGUAAUAUACGGGAGUGAUUAUGAAGACAUGCCUUUACAAAACGGACGCGCUAUAAAAGCAACCACCAAGUACCAGGAUGAGAGUGACAGUGACUGAUGGGAUCUCUGACUGGCGUGUCGUUCCUCUUUUGUGUCCGCGUUGGAAACUAUGAGAAUACAAUACAACAAAUGAUCAUGUGUAUGUGUAAAUAAGCAGUACUUGCAUUGGUAAUAAGAAAUGAUAUCCCGUAAGUGUACAUAAAUAUAUUUUUAAAAAAUAAGAAUAAGAUAUUCCAUUGUCUACUGAAUGUACUAUACUUUUGCUGAAAGUUGAGGCAUGUAGCCACUCAAACUUCUUCAUUGUUUAUGCUUUCAAUCUUAUUGGAAAUACAAUUUUUACCAAUUUGUAAACUUUUUUUCCUCAUAACCAGCAUUUAUAUGCUUCAUAACCUGAUCGGGAAAAGUGCUACUAUUAAUUGGAGAUUUUUUUUGAGUGUGAAAUCAAUGUUAUUUUCAAUGCUUUUUGUUGAACCACUGUUGUCAUUCUGUACUUGCACUGUGUUGUUUUUGCCAUUCCUUUCCGCUCUCUGACAGUCUGAGAUUAAUGAGAAUGCAUAUAUCUGGCCAAAGCUGAGUAACAUUACCGGUAUACUGGUGGUAGAACGUAAAGGAAGCUUAUGCUGCAGCAGCCGUAAGUGCAUUCUUACAGUACGUUGUGGCUUGCCAGCACUAACAUAAUUGAUGAACAGGGAAUUCAAGUGCCAUAGCAAUGUUGGCUGUUGACAAAUUCUCUUUGCCCUCAGACGUCUUUAAAAAAAAUACAGAGAGCCUUAACUGGAGUAGGUACCACUUAUCUUUUUACCACUACUCUUACCAAUUUUUCCCAUGGAAAGAAGCUUUGUAAUUGCACUUAUAAUAAUAAUUGUAUUUAUUUUGCCAAAAAGUGAUGACAUUUCAUGCUGUAUUAUCUCACAACAUGGUGUUGUGUGGAUUUUACACAACUUUAUGUAAAUGGACUACUGAUCUACCAUGAUAAACAUUUCUUCACAUAACAGUAGUUACACCAUUGGCCAAAUAUAUUUAGCCUUAUGUAGAACAUUUUAUUUCAAGAAAUCAUUUUUUCUCCUGUAUCUUUCCUUAUAUUGCCUACAAUGUGAGACUUGCUACUCUCUCCUUUGUUUUAUAACACUGGAGCUAAUGGACAAACACAGCCAAAACAAAUGUGCUAAUAUCUCAAUAUGUAUUCUAAUCAAGAUGGUGCCUUGUCUUUACAUCACUCUGUUUUCUUCUAAAUGGACUGCAGUCUCAGAUUUGUAAAUGCUUUGACACAAAUGUACAUAAAUGUGAUGAUCAUUUAAGGUGGUUAAAUGAGGUUGUUUUGGGUCCUGAUAUGUAGGAAGUUCUUGCAGUUUUUGUUGCUUUAUGAGAUAAAAGCUGUACAUGUAGCACUCUGUCAUGUCACAUGUAAAUAAAGCAAAGUAUGCACAGUA